UAGUUAUAUUGCUGUUGCUCCUAUAAAACAUACUAGUAACCCCUUAUAACCCCUCUGAAGCAAUGAAAAUAACAAUACCCGAUGCUUUUUGAUUUUUUACAUCCAACAGGUUGUCUCGGACCCCCCUCAUCACCAGACUACCUAACCUCGUAUGCUAUCUAUAUAGCAUGGUAGGGUAUCAUCGCGAGAAUGCCAGAAUGCAGAAUGCCAGAAUGAAACUCUAGGUAGUAUCUCCACUUCGAAUAUCUACCUCGGACGGUAGUUCGUCGUCAAGUUAUGCUUGCUUUUCACCCUUCGUUUGGAGUAACAACCCUGAAUUACACCUUAGAGACAAAGCUCGCAAUUGGUUAUCAUUAUUGGUUGGCGUCAUUUCCCCGCCCAGCCAGCGGUACAUAUCUAGUAGUAGAAGGGGCGUCUACAGACUAUUUCUCUUCUACUUCUUCUUUCUUUCUUUCUCACUUACCUACCUAGCUACGUAAAGACACCUAUUGGGUAAGGUAUCGUUUAGAGAGAGAUUAGACGUUAUUACUUUCACCUUGGAAAUGUCUACCACCGAUACUCUCACCGAAAUCGCACCAGCCUUUUCUGCUGUCAACAAAGGGGCAGUGAACAGGUUCAGUGGGAAAAGCAAGGUUGAGAUUCCGCCGCAAGUCCAAGUCCAAGGCAAGACCAAAAGUGGAAAGAAGCUCAACAUUCGGAGCUACCCCCAAUUCGAGAAUCUAGAAGAUGAGAGGCUUUACCGAAAGCAGCAUCUCGCGGCAGCGUUCCGAGUCUUUGCGGAUCGCGGCUUCGACGAGGGGGUUGCCGGUCAUAUAUCGGUCCGGGAUCCCAUCCUGACCGAUCACUUCUGGUUGAACCCACUCUCGAUGCACUUCUCGCUCAUCAAGGUAUCGGAUUUGAUCCUGUGCGACGAGGAUGGAAAUGUAGUCGAGGGAGACGAGCCCGUGAAUGGUGCUGCCUUUGCCAUCCAUUCGCAGCUUCAUAAAGCGAGGCCCGACGUUCACGCCGCGUGCCAUGCGCACAGCGUGCAUGGAAAAGCCUUCUCUGUCUUCGGUCGUGAGCUCGAGAUGAUCACUCAGGACGCCUGUAGGUUCUACAAGAGCCAUGGUGUGUAUCGAGACUUCAGGGGCGUGGUCUUGGAUAGCGAAGAAGGUCAGAGGAUUGCCAAGGCUCUCGGAAAUGGAAAAGCGGUCAUACUUCAGAAUCACGGCCUCCUCACGGUCGGCGGUAGUGUCGAUGAGGCUGCUUUCUGGUUCAUCAGUCUCGAGAGGACUUGUCAAGCCCAGUUGCUUGCAGAUGCGGCGUCGGCCGCUGGAUACAAGAAGAUCCCCAUCGAUGAUGACGAAGCUGCCUACACAGCUCUUCAAGUUGGAGGGCCCGGGAAAGGAUGGCUUGCUUUUCAGCCGUACUACGACGAGCAACUUGCAAAGACUAAAGGCGAAUUCUUAAACUAAGCAAACUUCGAUACCCUCUUUUGUGUGAAUUUCUAUUUAUGAGACAUGAAUAUUUGGUCCCGGCUCGCUGCAAGCAGGAAAAUCAAAAUUUGAAGCUUUGAAGAGGGCACAAAUGCAGCCUCUCAAACCCUCCAGGUGUAUAUAGGUACUGUUACAAAAUGAAAAACUCUUUGAACACGCAUGGUAACACAUUUGAGUAUUUCCUCGCAUAGUUUGGUCGUUGGUAUUUAAAACGUAUUGAACAACACCACAAUUCUUGAGCUACAUCAGCCGGAGCUAUGUCAAUGAUUGCUAAUAUCUACCUAGUGCAAGUCAUCGUGUAGUACGUACAUACUGUUUUUGAGCUGGCGUAUGAGUCUAUUAUGUGUAUGCUGCUUUAUAUUUCACCUUACCAGGGGCAUUUAAACAAGCCUGUUUGACUGCCCCUUAUUGAUGUACUAUUAUUGUUAGUAUGAUAGACUCAUAAAUUUUUAUACUCUAAUAUCGAA